AGCUCUGUCACCAGACAGAGAGAGAAGAGCUCAUCUCCAUCUACAAAAGACACACAGUCCUGGUGCUGAUGCACAGAAGGGGACACUUCUCUACUUAAAUCAUUGUGUUCUUACAAUGGACCUUUUCAACUCAGCUCUUGGGAAAAACAUCACUUUUGUGCGUCCUGCUUAUUUUAUAAUAAGUGGUUUAUCUGGAAUUCCAAAUAUAAAUUAUUACUAUGUCUUUCUCUUUUUUAUUUACAUUGUUUCAGUGCUGGGAAACACAAUUGUGAUGGCUGUAAUUUGCUUGGAUCAUAAUCUGAGAACUCCCAAAUUUAUUGCAGUUUUUAAUUUAGCAUUUGUUGACCUGUUUGGUAACACUGCUCUGGUGCCGAAGCUUCUUGACAUCUUCCUGUUUAACCAUCGUUACAUCGCCUACAACAACUGCUUGACGUUCCUUUUUUUCUGCUACACCUGCCUUUCAAUGCAGUCAUUUAAUCUAGUUGCACUUUCCUAUGACAGACUGGUGGCUAUCAUCUUCCCAUUGCAUUAUCAAGUGAAGAUGACUCACAGGUUUAUGUUUUCUUUGAUUGCCUCUUUCUGGGUAUUUGUUAUAAUUGCUGUGCUUAUUGCAGUUGGCCUUAUUACAAGACUUUCCUUUUGUGAGUCUGUGGUUAUUAACAGCUAUUUCUGUGACCAUGGCCAGAUAUACAGACUUGCCUGUAAUGACCAUUACCCAAAUUAUGUCCUUAGUUGUUUGUACCCAGUUCUUAUUUUUUGGCUUCCACUCCUUUUUAUCUUGUUAAGUUACCUAUAUAUUGGCUGUACUUUGGCUAAAGUGGCCACAGUUCAACAAGGACUCAAGGCCUUUAAAACGUGCAUAGGACAUCUCUCACUGGUGGCAAUCUAUUUCAUCCCACUAUUAAUCACAUUUACCUUGAUGGAAAAUAUACAUCCUAAUGCCAGAAUCAUAAACUUGUCUUUGACCUCAGUCUUUCCUCCCAUGUUGAACCCAAUCAUUUAUGUUCUGCAGACACAAGAAAUCAAAGAAUCUAUAAAAAAGUUGUUUAAAAUCAGAGUGCAAUCCAAAAUUACAACAACAAUGUGAUAAUUAGUCUUUGCUUUUAAAAUUCAGGUCUAUGAAUCAAGUAGAUAUUUUGCAACAAGUCUUGAAAUAAAACACUCUUCUUAAAGAUAACACCACACAAUAUUCCUACAGUGUGAGCCCACUAGUUUCUGCCUGUGUGAUAAAAGCUGCACCUAUGAUGUGAUUUCAGCAGUUGAUAAUGUUUUCAUAGGAAUGUUUAAAGACUUUAUUAUCUAAAUUUAUUUAGAUUUAUGUUUUACUAGUCAACAUAAUCCAUAAAAAAAUGUGUGUGCUUUACAAGAAUUAUAGUAGAAAAAAAGUUGAAAGAAUAUAUAAAUAUUUGAAAAAAAUAACUGAAUAUAGUUUACUUAUUCUUGUCUUUAUAUGCUGGCAGUUAUUUAAAAGCAAAAUGUUUAAUUUGUUCUUUGUACAAUUUAUUUUUAUUUCUGAAAGGGGUCAUAGAAUAAAACAGUAGCCUACACUGGAAUUGUUCUUCAGAAUAACAUCAUUUUGUGAGCAGAUAAAGAAAAAAAAGUGCUGUAUGUUUUUCUUCUUCAAGCAAUACUUGAGCAAAUAAGUUAUUGUUACCAAUUUCUAUCUUUUCUCUGUAUGCAUGAUACUGUGUCCAGUCUACUGUGUAUCUGGAAGUUAAUUUCAUAUCUUUGGUUAAAAAUCUAAAACCUUAUAAAGAAGCUGAAUUGUGUAUUUGUAAAACAAUGAUAACUUGGCUAUUGUCUCAUGUGUUUUGGUGUUUGUGUGCAUCAUGAUUUAGUGUUUUUUCUACAUCUAGAAAAAUGUUUUACUUUUUUUAAAUUACAUAUAAUAAAACAAGACCAGGAAUAGCCA